AUGCUUGAAGGUGAUCGAGAGUUUCCUUCAAGCAUCGAUCCAUGUGACCUUCGCAGAGAAUCAUACGCGUUUAUAUGUAUUACAACAGGGAAAAACUUAAACUCGUUUUCGAUGCAAUCUUUAUUUUUAAAAUUGAAAAUUCAUAAGUCAGUUGAACCAAUAAUAACGCAACCUGUUUGGUGUCAUCGAGAAGAUAUAUAUUUCGAUACUGCAAUUAUGUUUCAACUCAAGCAACUCCAGUUUCCACCGGAAGAAUUGGAUAUAUCAUUCGAAUUACAUGCUAGACAUUUAGUAACUUCUCAACAUCUUGGAACAUGUCGUUGUCCGUUGAUAGAAUCUCAUUUAGCAGAAGAUUUUAGGAAACCAUUAUAUUAUUUUUACAAACAAGCACAUCUUCCAUUAGUAGAUACUAGAACAGGAGAAAGACUUGCGAAAUUUGUUAUUACAAUUGCAUUUGGUUAUGAAGAACAUUUGGAUUAUGUUGAACCUUCAAUUAAAUUCAAUUCAGUGCUUUUAAAAUACAAAGGUGAUCAUCAUGAAGUUCCUUUUCCCUAUGCAUUCAAAACUGUUUCAGACAUCGAAGAAAAUUGGAAAUUAUUUGCGAUGGCAGAAGGUUGGAGCCCGCCUGCUAAGCUUCAAUUGGUUGAUUUUAGCAAAAACUCUGUUACAAUAGAUCCAGAGGAAGAAGAAGAAUCAAAUGAAAAUAAUCUAACGAAUAACCUCGAUAUAUCAGCAAAUACUGUCAUAUUUAGAAGUACUGAUACUCCUAAGAUUCUUUCUCCAUGCAUUACUCCAGUUAAAGAAAUUAAUAAAAUUCUUGAUCAAGAUAUUUCGCAUGAAAAGCGAAUUGAUACAUUCAUACAAAGGAAAAUUAUACAAAUGUCAACUCCUAAGACAGAACCACGUAAAUUCAUAAAUGCACGAGCAAGAUCUUUAACAAUUUCUCCAAUUGACAAGAUUCGAUGCUUUUCUACACCGGCACCAGCAGAUUAUGUUGGUUCUCCAAUAAGAAGGAGUCCAUCAAUUGACAGAAUUAUAAAUGGAGAAGAUAAUAUUAUGGAUCUUCAUUUUUCCAAUUCAAGCGACGAUGAUGAUGCUGAUAUAUUCAUAACUCCCAAAAAGAAUCAAAAAUUAAAGCGGAAUUAA